GUUGUCAAAGCCGCAUUUCUGAUUUCAGCGUUCCUGCAUCGUUAUGACUAGUACAUUAGGCUCAAAUGCUCGAUAUCACCGAGUUUCUGAGAUUAAAGAAUGUGAAAAUCAGUCAAAAUUUAUUCAUCAACGUAUUAAUCAAAUUGAAGCAUUUUUUGGUGAUCUAUGCUCAGAACUUGUUAAUUAUACAAGACGAACAGCGAAAUUACGCAAUAAUGGUGAUGAAAUUGCUCGUAUUCUACUUGAUUAUUCAAUUAAAGAGAAAAUUAAUCGAACAUCAUCUGAUGCCUUUAGAAGACUAUCAGAAUAUCUUGCAACUGUAGAAGAUUAUCGACAUACUGAAAUUGAUAGAAUUGUUGGUAAAGUUGUCAAUCCAUUAGCAGCUUAUGGUGAAGAAAUAAAGCAUAUUAGAAAUAGUUUAAAAGUUGAAAGUGCAGCACGAAAGAAAGAAAUUGCAAAUAUGCGUAAAUUGGAAAGGUCGAGUACAACUGAAGCAUCUAGAGAGGCUGAAAUCCAACUACACAAUGCUAUGAUUGAUGCAACUAAAAGUGCAAAUAAUUUAGAACGUUGUGUACUUGACUUUGAAGGUCGUCGAUUAAAGGGCAUUAAAAAAAUCAUUACAGAUUUUAUUCAAAUUGAAAUGUUAUGGCAUGCUAAAGCCUUGGAAACAUUUAGUCUAGCCUAUAAUGCAAUCCAAUCAUUACAUGAAGAAGCUGAUCUAAUUGAAUUCCGUGGGAUAUUACUACGAUCUGGAAGUGAUUUAACAACACUGAAUAAUAAUCUGUUAAUGAGUCAACAUAGUAUAAUAGGUGGUGACACAUCUUCAAUAGCAUCACCAACAACAUCAAUAGGCAAUCAUAGAUCACACAAGAAGUUAUCUUCUCGACAUAGUUCAAUGAAUUCAGUGAAAUCAGGCAGUCGUGGUAGCCUGUCAUCACUACGAUGUAAUAAGAAGAAUAAACAGAUACACACUCGACAACAACAGGAACAGCAGCAGCAACAACAACAACGACAACAAUUGCAUCAUUCUGGUUUAACACAUCAGAACGACGAUGUAACCAGUUUGUUCACUGAAGGAGAUGAUGAUGUUGGCGUUGAUCAUGGUGUUCAAGGCAUUGGGGACAAUACGAAAUAUGUGAAUGGUCUACAAGAUCUUGAAGAUGAUGAUGAAAAUGACUUGGACGAAGAUGAAGAUAAUGAUGAUGACGAAGAUGAUGAUGAUGAUGAGAUUGAAGACAGUACAACACAUUCACCACUACAUCGGACAGCAAAUCAACGUGCAUCAUCACCAUCUAUUAAUCGGACACCUGGUUCUACACAACAAUCACCAUUGAAAUCUGCACUGAAAACUGGGACAUCUAAGCUAUGAGGCUUACACCCCCCUAUCUCAUCUCUCAAUUCAAACCUUCUUAUUCUUUAUUAUUGUUCUACAAGUAAAUAACUGUCCAUAUGAUACUUGUAAACAACAGUUAACAGACCGCUAACUGGAAAUAUUUCUUCAUAUAUUCAUCUUAUUUUUCCUAAGACCUUGUAUACCUCGAUUAUUGAAUUUGAAUUAUUCUGUCUUUCCACAAAAACGUAACUAAACAUCUUCAUUUAUUUCAUUGUGUUUUGUUGCAUAUAGUAUUCAUUGAUUUCCAGGAGAAAUGUUAUCAUCUCAAAAAUCUCUCCAUAAAGCAGUGUUAAUGUAAAUGAUAUUUCUUUGAAUAUAUGUACAUUACUUAUUAUUUAUAAGUAGUAUGGUUUGUUUUCGGAAUUUUCCUAAUUCAACAAUCAACUACUACUGUUGAUGACUACUCCUCGUUUGUUUGUUUUUUUCAUGUAUUUUCUUCUAAAUACAUAUCAAUUUUAGAUUUUUAUGAAGUUUAUUUUUCAAAGUUUUGUCAAAUAUGAUGAAAUCUUGUCUAUCAAUCAAACUUUGUGUUUUUCAUGUUCAAAAAUAUAAAACCAAAUAAAAACUGAUGUUAUCUCAUGUACAAGUUUAAAUGUUAUCCAACAAAACGUUUGGUUUUUUUUUUUACUUAUUAGAAAUCUUUAAUUCUUAAAAAAACUAUAAAUGUAUGAAAAUUCUGGGAUCUUCAGAGAGGAAGAGUAUUUGUUAAUAUUGGGUUUGUUUUGUUGGCAUUUUUAUACUCAAAGGUGUAUUUUCAUUACCCAAUAAGAAUUAGUUUACCUCUGUUAUAUAUUUAAAAUUCUGUAUCUGAUGAAAACAACAGUAUAUCGAUGUUUAUUUCACCGAUUUUUUAGAAGCAGAAAGCUAUUAUGUUAGAAUGGGUUCAAGGUUAGGGCAGUGAAUAACUCAGUUCAAUUGCUUUCUACUUUGUAACUGAGGUUUGAUAGAAAGUUUUCAUAUGAAUAUACCACUCUUCUGAAUC